AUGGAAGUCGCAAGAUUCCACAAAUACUACAGAUCCUAUAAUUCUGGUCCUCAAUGGCUGUUAUACCAGUAUCUGCUGGCGGAUACUAAGCUGAGGCUCAUGUUUAAUUUGGGUCCGCAAUGCGGGAUCGUUACGUUCGUUACCUUGCUCAUGAUGUUCAUCGUCAUUGUCUGUUCGCUUGUGGGUGCAAAAGCGAUCGUCUCGAAUCAAAAACUCUUCCUGGAAUUGCAAAAAGAAGCAGACAAGAAAAUUCCGCGGAAGAAAAGCAUGGCGGACAUCAGACCGAUCUACAAUUGCAUUCAUAAGCACUUGCAGCAGACCGAUGUGUUCCAGGAGAAGACGAAGAAAAUGCUCUACAAGGAACGCCUGGAGUUGGAGAUUCUGAGCAGCAGAAUAAACUGUAUCAACAAACUGUUGAAACCUGAGGCGCAGACUGAAUGGCGGCGGAGCAGGUUACGAAAAGUGUAUUAUCGUCCCAUUAACUCGGCCGCGUCGAAGUAAUAGCCGGCGGCGUAACAAUGUAAUUAAGCAAAUACAAAUGCGUCCAAUAAAGAACGUACAAAUUGCAUCGACUUAUUACGCGCAGACGCGUUAUGAGUUUGCGAUGCUCGUGCAUGUACCAACGCUGAAAACUUUCGCCGCGUCUGAUCGCCACGAGGGGCAUAUUAAAGCUUCGUGCUUGUUUUCUAAACAGUAUAACAUUCUUUUAUGUGCAUUUAACACGAAUCUGAAACAUUGAAAAUUAUCGUGAAACGUCUAUAAAUUAUGCAUCUAUCGAAGUAUAAUAUUCCGAUAAGAAUAAUUUUCGAUUAGUUUUAGUAGUAUUUAGAAGUGUCAUAAUUUUCUAGCGGUACCACGUUGACACUGCCGUUAUUUGUAAUUGUGAAUAAUAAAAAUUCUAAAAUGUAUCGAAAUUUGACUUUUUACAAUUUAAAAAUUGCAAAUAUAAAACGUGGAUUUUAUAAUAAAAUGUACAUAGAAAAUAUACAUACAUAUAUGUACAUGUGAAGAGUCUACAGGCAAAAGGGGAAAUGUCAAGUUCUAGUAUUCCUCAGAAAACGAAAAUUCAUUUUUCAAUAUAUAAUAGUCACAACUUCAUAUUUUCAUGGAUAUUAUAUACAUAUAAAUGUAUAUAUGUAUAAUAUACAUAUAUUCAUAGAUAUUAUAUAGAAAUAAAACAUUAUAGUCCUCUGCAUCAUCAACUUCCACUUAUAAUUUUAAGCAAUAUAUGACACGUUAAACUGUGGAAAAUGAAAAGUACGCAGUACACCCUAAUUUCUUAUAACUACUGCAAAAUUCAGAAAAUUUUAAUGCAAAUUAAUACGACGCACCCACUGGUAAAGAGUACAUACAGGAGCAUAUGAAAAAAUGAUAAACUCAAGAUUCGGCAAAAUUCGCAUUCCCCCUUUUCCCUGUUGAUUCUUGGCAUGUAUUCAAGGAAGAAGUGCGAAAGGCUUUCUGUUUUCGAUUUAUGAAAGACUGCGUAAAAUUGGUCGUAAAUAUGCAAGUUAAAAGAAGUUUCUUCUCUAGUUUUAUUAUUUCUAGCAUUUUCUACGUAUGUAAAUAUAUAGGCUAAGUGUACAAAAUAAAUAUUUUAUGUACGUAUU